UUUCAGUAUCAAAAGCAGUAACCCCGAGCUACACUCGGGCUUACCAUGCGGCGUUGCUCAGGGAGUCCCUGCAGCACUUACCUUGUCCUUCGCUCCCACGAUGUGUCCCCAUGCAGCAUCCCCGGCCAUCUCCUCCGGCCGAUGCCGGCAUCCGGCGUCCGUGUUCCGGUCCCUGUGACGUCGGGACGUACGGGCGCCGGAACCGGCAGCAAAUUUGAAAUUUUUAAAAAUUUUUAUUUUUUUUUAAAUGACUAUUACAUAUGCUUUGUCCUGUGCCCUGCCUGCAUUUUGACUGUUCUUUCU